AUGAGUAUCAAUGCUUUUGAAUUUCUGCCUGUCGACGUUUUCUUUGAAAUUUUUGGUUAUUUAUCUCCAAUUGAAAUUCUUCGACCAUUUUCAUCAUUGAAUAAACGUUUUUCAUCAAUUGUUAUGUAUGAGUAUAUGUGGCACAUCCAUAUUGGUAAAAAUAGAAUGUCGUUAUCAAUAUUCAAUGAUUUUUGUCAAAAUGUAUUAAGAUUGAUAGGAAUUCGAGUUGUAUCAUUACGUUUAACAUUAACUAACAUUAUUGGUGGAUGGUCACUUAUUUCAUCAUCUUUAAAAUAUCAUAAAAUAAUGUCACUGAGACGUCUUCAUCUGAUUGAUAUUCAACCACAUGAAUUUGAUAAAUUAUUAAGUAAUCAUUUAAUAAAACAAUUACAUACUUUACUGGUCGAUUUGACGGAAGAUAGCCUGUUCAACAAUCAAGUAGUGGAAGGAGCAUACCUAGCGAAGGUGUGUUCAUGUCUGCUCGCUGUAACAAUCUUUCGACUUCCAUUUUAUUUUUGUCGUAGAAGUCGUGAACAAUUACCAAAAUAUUCGGCACCAUCAUUGAUGACUUUACCAAAGUUAUCAGAUACAAAUCAUCUUCGUACAUUGACAAUAGGCAUAAACACGUCAGCAUUUCUAGAACGCUUAUUAAAAUGUAUACCUUUUAUUGAAAAUCUGUCUGUUGGUAUACAAGAUGAAGAGUUGUGCAAUGAAAAUAAGUUUGAUACUCAAACAUUAGCUGUUGCUGUUGAUGCUCGUUUUCUGUGUCGUCUAUCACGUCUUAGCUUGACCUGUAUGAAUACGAUAAGUUUCUAUCGAACCAUGGCACUUUUAGUAUCUGUGUUGGGUCAAUUAAGACAUCUCUCACUAAAAUUAGAUAUAGACGCGAAACUGCCUGAUUCAUUGGUCAUAUCAGGUGACACUAUUCAAAGAUUAUGUAUUGAUCGUCUCAAUCCAUUGGCAACGUUUACUCUUAAUAUAAUGGCCAUUAUCAACAACGACAUGAAGGAUAAAAUGAUCCUCAAUUCAUAUUUUAAAGCUCCAUUUGCUAAUCGACAACGACCAAAGAUUCGAUCACUUUAUAUGGAUGAUUUCACAUUAACAUUUUUUAAUGCUGAACAUUUCUGCACACUACUCGUUCGUCAAUUACCUUAUCUAAAAGAACUUAGGCUUCUUAUCUGUGAUUCAUAUGAUAAUCACUGUUGGAUACCAUCACAUAUUCUUGAUGGUGAAAAUAAAUCUACAAAACGUAUUAUUAAACUUAUUCAUUUUCUUGUUGAUCAUUUACCACAACUUGUUUCACUUUAUAUGAAUUUUCACUACUGGAAUUCGUCUGAAACACCCUGUUUUCCACAUCUAAUUCGACGACAAAUACAAGAAUUGUCACUUAAUCGACCUUAUCGACUACGAUGUUCUUCGAAAAGGAUUCAAAUUUGGCUUUAG